AUCCGCUGGUGGUGGGUGGGGCGGCCUGGAUGUGGACCUGUGUGCUGAUGGUGUGUGACAAGAAGUCCUGUGGCUGGCAUUCUUUUGGAAUCUUAUGAUUGUGCUCCUGCUUUCCCAAGCUGGUUUCACGACUUCAUGGGUCAAUAAUUGUAGUGAAAUUGUUGAGUUUACGCUACUGGGCGGUACCAUCUGGUGACGUGCGCAUGCGCAAUAGCGUACGGUGCGCAGGCAACUGCCCAGACAGAGAAGUAAACAGAUACGCGUGAGCGGACUGGUUGUAUCGCGGUAGGGAGCGACCGCGUGUGGCUGUGCGGGUCGCGGGGCCCGUCAGCGGCAAAAAUUUAUGACAGCGUGAUUUGGCUGCCAUGGCUUCUGUGGGAAUAAGUAUCCCUCCAUCGGAAUCCGUCACUUCGCCCGUCUCGGCGAAGAAGAGUGCGUUCAAUGAUGCCGGCAACCGUGGAUAUGAAACGUUCUCGAGGCGCCACAGCGCCCACGGUGGCCAGUCAGAGCGGGCCACCGCCGGCCAGCAGCGGGUACCGCGCAAGCGCAGCUUCAGCGUGUACGCCGACUGCCGCGGCGGCAAGCGGCGCCGCUACGGCAUCGUGCCGCCGACCAAGUUUCUGCUGGGCGGCAACAUCUGCGACCCGCUCAACCUGGGCAGCCUCAACGACGAGGAGGCCAACCGAAUCGCCAACGCAAACACGCCCGUGUCGUCGCCGAUGCCGACGCCCAAGUACCGCAAGGAGCGGAUCGAGGUCAUCAUCCCGCCCGACAUCAGCGACCCGCUGGGCCUGAACGGCCCCGAGGACAGCGGCGGGCCCGACUCGCUCGUCUCGCCCUCCUCACAGCGCAAGAAGAAGAACAAGCGGAAGAAGAAGCACCCCUCAGGCCACGGCGCCGACCGGUCUGCCUCGGAACCGGCCGGCCGCUCGCUCUCCGAGUCGGGCGCCCGCUCCGUCUCCGAGAGUGGCGACUCGAGCACGGUGGCGCCCAGCGAGCUCGAGUUCACCCCCUGCACCGACGCCGGCGCGCCCUGCGUCAGCGCUCCGCCCGAGGUGCCGCCGUCGGACGGCCCCACGCAGCUGCCGCAGCACACGCCCGUGUUCCGCGCGCGGGACGCGGCGUUCCAGUACGGCAACUACAACAGAUACUACGGCUACCGGAACCCGGACCAGCUGGACUCGCGGCUGGGCUGGCUGAAGCGCGAGUGGUUCAGCGGGCUGGACGUGCUGGACGUGGGCUGCAACGUGGGCCACGUCACGCUGACGGUGGCGCGCGACUACCUGCCGCGCCGCUGCGUGGGCGUCGACAUCGACAGCGGCCUGGUGAAGGUGGCGCGUCGGAACGUGAAACACUACCAGCGGGCGGGCGAGUUUCCCGACAGCAUGCCGCUGCUGUACGGCGACCUGCAGCCGCCGCACAAGGCGCCCGGCACGCAGUUCCCGCGCAACGUCACGUUCGAGCACGCCAACUUCGUGCUGGAGACGGACGCGAUGCUGGAGACGGUGCGGCCCGAGUUCGACACCAUCCUCUGCCUGAGCAUCACCAAGUGGGUGCACCUGAACUUCGGCGACGCCGGCAUGCGGCGCUUCUUCCGGCGGGUUUUCCUGAGCCUGCGGCCGGGCGGCCGGCUGCUCCUCGAGCCGCAGCCAUGGGCCAGCUACGUCAAGAAGAAGAAGCUGACGCCGCGGAUUUGGCAGACCUUCCACGAGAUCCGGCUGCGACCGGAGACCUUCCCGGACCUGCUGAUCAACGAGAUCGGCUUCGAGUGCUACAAGACGGUCGGCCGGCCGCACCACAGCGCCAAGGGCUUCAGUCGUCAACUGCAGCUCUUUACCAAGGCCGGCGAGGUGACGGCCGUUCCGCCCUCCUCACCCGACCCCGGCGCGCCCGCCAGCUCGGCGCCGCCGGCCGACGCGAUGGACGGCGGCGAGGGUGCGCCGCCGGCCGGCACGCCCGAUGGCGACGGGCGGCCGGGCGGCCCGUGACGGACGUCAGGCGGGAGGGUGGCGACGCCCGACCGGCGAGGGACAGUACAAAGUGUCGCAGGGCACGCUGCGACUGCGCUGUGACCUACUUCCUCACCAGUCAGACAAUGCUGCGCGGGGUGGUGGCGCGCGAGCGUGGGUCGGCGGCGAUGGCGACGGGCGCCGCUGCGGAGGCGGCCCAGACCGGGGCCCGCUGUCGCAUGGCCGGCACGCGGACCAGACCCGCGCGUGCCGCAGUGAGAGUCUACCUUUCCGAUGCGUUGGAUCUCGAGGCUUUUCUAACCCAAUGCGGUGCAAGGAUCUCGUUUUUUAUCGUUUUGUCGGGAAGUACCGGAGCCGUGUCUGGAGUUGGCGGGUCGCAGUGUCGAGCCGCGAUCUGGCGCGCGGCUCGCUGACAUCCUCACCUCUUUGCGUCUUGACUGUUGGACUGUUGGACACCAGGCGGCCCUUCGCCGUUUGUUUUCGUUCUCUCCGAGCACCGGCACGCCUCAGGACCGGCGCUGUCCGAACGCGCCACGUCUCGCGCGUGUGUACCCGGCGCUGCGACCGCUGGACAAUACCGAUGCAAUAACGUCUCUCGAGCGCGCCUGCGGACGGCCGCCGGUGCGCGCUAUGCAACUGACCUGCCGGCGGUGCUAUUGCGGGGUUCUCAUCGCGUCGGGUCGCGUCUGCGCCUCACCCGCGGACGGCCGCGCUGUGGACGGCCGCGCGAGCCAGCCAGGGAGAGCUGGACUCCCGGCUUGUUCUGUUAUCCCUGAGACUGAGAAUACACCGCGUGUGG